AUGAAACUCAGUUUGCUGGAAGCCAGUGAAUUUUCCAGCACCAAGGUCAACUCAGCAGUGGCUGGAAAAGAACGUUCUAGAGUUCAUCUCUGCCUCGGAUUGGUCCUCAGGAAGCCCUGA